AAUCGUUGAAAAUUCGAGAGAAACCUGUCUGAGGGAAGAAGAUACCUUGAGAAGCGCAUGCGCUGGCAAGAAAGAACCUGGAAAAUGGCUUCGUCAGCUGGUUGUGUUGUUCCGAGAAAUUUCCGCCUCCUGGAGGAGCUGGAAGAGGGUCAGAAGGGCCACGGAGAUGGAACCAUCAGCUGGGGAUUGGAAAGUGAUGAAGAUAUGACAAUGUCACACUGGACGGGUAUGAUUAUUGGACCUCCCAGGACAUCAUGUGAAGGUAGAAUAUUCAGCCUCAAGCUCACUUGUGGUCCAAGGUACCCAGACGAACCUCCUACAGUCCGUUUCACCACCAGAAUAAAUCUGCCAUGUGUGAAUCCAGCUAAUGGUGCUGUUGACAGGAGAAGUGUGGCUGUGUUAGCUCGCUGGCAGCGAUCCUACAACAUCAAGACAGUGCUGACAGAACUGAGACGGCUUAUGACAGCGAAAGAGAACUUCAAACUGCAACAACCUCCGGAGGGUUCCUCUUUCUAAUUGUUGCUGAUUAGUGUUGCUUGUUGCAAAUGGUUGGUACCAUUAACCAUGUCAAAGGGUGUGUGCCCUGAAGGUUUUUGAUACUGUUACUUGGAACACUUUACUUGGAUGCACUAUUUUAGUGCCCCUUGUACUCCCAUUUUUCUUCAUCACCGCCACCAAUGCCACUGGUUCUCUAUAGCUCAGGGAUGCUCUGUGCUGUAUCAUCCACUCUUACUUUUCAUAUACCGUACAGUCACUUGUUUUGCCCUAAACUGUUGUCCUGAUAAUCAUGAACCACAGUGUGUCAUUGUGCUUAGGAUGAUUUAGCUCUUUCUCCCCUUUGUUCUUUUGCGUCCCGGUCUGUACACUCGUCAUGUUGAUGUCACGUUUUGUCUGCUUUCAUCACCAAGCCUCCCCCCCCCCCCCAUUCUCAAUGGCAUUCUGACUAUUCUGACUGUACAUGCAAUUGUAUAAUUUCACACAAACGACUUGAUAACAUGUUUUGUAUAGUUCUUUUUUUUAUAAACCGAAAUUCCGAAUACGAAAAUGUGUAGAUCUCCACGUUUCUUAGAGCUUGUAGCGCAUAAGAACAGAAAGAACAGUGAAACUUCUGAACCCAA